UAGUGCUGAGGGAGUUAAAUAGUGGAAUAUUUCUCUCUCUAGUGGCAAGACAAUGUCCUAGCAUAUAUUCAUUUUAAACUUUGAACCCACAGGGAGUUCUGUUUUGUUUCCAGCUGCACCAUUCACUCCAUAGAAAGACAUCACCAUGAUCUCCUUGAUUUGGAUUUUAAGCAUAUUUUCUCUGGCCCUGCUUGCCUUUAUUGAAGCAAAUGAAAACGUUUUUCUACCAAGGGAAAGUGCAAGCAAAAUUCUUCACAGGCACAGGCGGGCCAACAGAUAUUUACUAGAAGAAAUUUUACAAGGUAACAUCGAAAGGGAGUGCUUCGAGGAGGUGUGCUCUUAUGAGGAGGCUCGAGAAUACUUUGAAGAUGACACGAAGACGAAAAAAUUUUGGUUAGCAUAUAAAGAUAUUGACCAGUGCAAAUCUAAUCCUUGUCAGAAUGGAGGCACAUGUAUUGACAAAACUGGGGAAUUUGUGUGUAAAUGCAAAGAAGGCUUUCAGGGACGAGUCUGCGAAGUUGAUAUAGCGGAAUGCCAUGCCUCCUACUCAGGCUGUGAGCACUUUUGCAGUCUCAACAUGUACAAUAUUUAUGUCUGUUCCUGUGCAAAUGGCUAUGUAUUAAAUUCCAAUGAAAAGUCCUGUGUUCCACAAGUUGAGUACCCAUGUGGAAAACUGAAGUCCCCUGGAUAUUCGGGCACCAAACCAAAAAGCAAGGAAUGUGAGGAAGGUGAAUGCCCCUGGCAGGCCUUGUUAGUUAAUGAAACGAAUGAAACCUUCUGUAAUGGUGUCAUCAUCGGACAGUAUUAUAUACUGACUACUGCCAAGUGUGUUCUCAUGUAUGACACAUUUCACAUUAUUGUUGGGAAACAUGAAACCAACGGAACCAAGAGACAAACAUUGCUCACUGAUAACAUUUUUGUGCACCCUAAACAUUCAAAUAACAGAGAAGACAACGAUCUAGCCGUGAUCAGACUCAAGACCCCUGUGCAUUUCACAAAGAAUGCUAUCCCCAUAUGCAUUCCAGAAAAAGAUUUUGCUGAAAAUGUUCUGAUGCUGGGAAAUGUUGGUGUGUUUAGCAGCUGGGUCAUCAGUAAGGAGAACAAAGAAUCAUUGAUGUCAACAAGGGUCCCAUACUUGGAUUUAGAGACCUGUCAGGGGUUUCACAACAUCACCAUCACCAAUAAAAUGUUUUGCACAGGGGAAAACUUGGAUACCACUUGUAUGUCCUCUAACGGAAGUCCGAUUUACACAGAUUAUCAAGGCACAAGGUUUCUAACUGGCAUUCUGACUACUGGCCCGGGUGAUUAUGACUGCAACAGGCACUAUGUUUUUAUGAAGAUAUCAAGAUACGUCACAUGGCUAAAUUCAUUGCUCAAACUGUUAUAAAUAAAAAAAUAAGAUAUUUACAAUAAAAACAUGAAGACUUUACAGGAUUUAUACCUGUCAAUGCAACUGUAUAAUGAUAUAUACAGGAACACUUGUCAGAAAGGACGCCAGCAGAUCAACUUCAGCAGAACACCUUGAAAUAAAUUGAAAGAAGAUCACAUAUUAAUUUCUUUUUUGUCUUGUCAAAGGUGGUUGUUGCUCAGACUCAUAUAAACCUGAAGUAACAUAAGGCAGCAAAAUCCUAAAACUUGUAACCUGAUCCAAAAGUUGCAUUAUACCAAUUAAGUAAGGAAAUACUGAUUAAGACAUAAUGGCAGACAAGCACAAACACACAAAGUGAGACUCACAUGCCCAGUAAUUGUUCACUUACAGGGAUAUCUCAAUGACAUUGUGGCCAUCUCUUUAAAAUUUGUUUAACUAAACCAAAAAAUCGUCACGCCAUAUUUCGGAAAGUAACCUCUCUUAGUUAUUCAUAUCAAAUUAAAAAGAGGAACAUUUACAAAUAGUGAAAGUUGCUGCCACACUAAUAUAAGAAUGCCUUUACUUGCUGCACCUCUAUUAAAAAUGUCUAGACAAUGUUUUCAAAUGCUUCCCCAACAUAACAUUUGUAUGUUUGAAUAUUAUAUAUGUAUCCCUCCAUUUAUUUUUAUAUUCACUUUGUCUACAUCACAUUUCAUUGUUAUAAAAAUUAAUUUUUGAAAAUAAAACAAUCAAAACUC